GCUGCUAGUAAGUGACUGAUUCCUUUACAGACUGCAUUGGUUCCUGAGUUCAGAGACUGAGUUGCAAUUGAGUGAAAUUAGACUGCGGAAUCUUGAAUUGUACCAGGUGAACUGAGAAAUCACUAAGCCAAACUGUAAUAGGACUGGUCAUUUGGGUUUCUAUCUCUGUCAUUGCUGCCUCUUGCUGUUACAUUGCUACUUGUGUUGUCCUUGUAGGUCCAAAUGUUCUCAGAUAAUUCACAUUGCCCUGACUGUGGACAGCAGUGGUUCCCUAGUUUAGAACUAGGCCACUGGUUGUACCAAACUGAACUGGUUGAGAAUGAAUGUUACCAAGUAUUCUUAGACCGUAUUAACAGGGCUGAUUACUGCCCUGAGUGCUACCCUGAUAACCCUGCCAACAGAAGCCUUGUCCUCCCGUGGUCUUUCCCCCUGGAGUGGGCUCCGCAGAAUCUGACCAGGUGGACCUUUGAAAAAGCUUGCCAUCCAUUUCUUCUGGGUCCUCCACUGGUUAGAAAAAGAAUCCACGAUUCCAGAGUUGCCGGUUUUAACCCUGCAUUACAGUUGAUCUUGACCAGAACAGACAAAACUUUAAACAAGAAACUUGGUCAAAGUAAAUAAUUUCUUUUAACAGUGAAAGUCAUGGAGAGUCUAGAGUCUC